AUGAGUGACCAGAGAGUAACCUACGCAGAACUGAAUCGGGUUAAGGAUGCAAAGAGACAGCACAUAAAACCUGAGGGCACUAAAGGCUCCAUUCCAGGAACUGAGCAGGAACUAACCUAUGCAGAUUUAAAUCUUCAAAAUGCUUCUCAGGAUCUUCGAGGGAGUGACAAGAAUGACCACUGCAAAGAUAACACAUUCGACAGACACCGUAUAACUGUUCUUGGAUGUGCAGCUGGGUGCAGAGGUGUGGCAUCCCCUUCACUUCCAGAGAAGGUCAUUGCUGGGACCCUAGGGGUCAUCUGUUUUGUCCUGAUGACCACUGUGGUGACAAGAGCUGUUAAUCAACCAAGCCAGAGAAGGAACAAGACAGGGAAUGAGACAACAGGGAACCAGAAAGCAUAUCAUUGUGGUCGAUGUCCACCAGAGUGGUUAAUGUAUUCCAACAACUGCUAUUACAUCAGCGCUGAAGUAAAAACAUGGAAUGAGAGUCUGAUGGCCUGUGCUUCUAAGAACUCUAACCUGAUCUACAUAGAUAAUGAGGAAGAAAUGAAUUUUUUGAACAUUUUCAAAAUACAUCCAUGGAUUGGACUGUCCCAGAGAAAUAAUACUAAUUCUUGGGUGUGGACAAUUGGCACAACUCUCUCUUCUGAACUAUUUACAAAAACUUCAGAGUUGGACAAGAAUUGUGUAUAUUGGAAUUAUGACACACACAACUUCCAUUCUGAAUCCUGUCUAGAAAACAGAGCAUAUAUUUGUAAGCACCAGUCACAUUAGCUCACUAAAUUUGGUAUCAUGUUCCUCUCACCAUCUCUAAAGAACACAUUUCUAGUUUCUCCAAGAAUGCUACAAUUAUUUUUGUAAAACUAAGUUUUAAGAAUUAUUUUGAAGUCAGUUUUUUUUUUCACCACAAAAAUAAAAGGGAGGCACUGACAUUUUCCAUG